AUGGCAACUCGGACUGAGAGGCUUGCUCAACCCAAACCCAACAGACUCAGAUAUCCAGACCGUCGCUCUGUUUACUGGCUGGAUGAUCUGCCCCUGGAGAAGACUGGAUCCACCACCAAAACUGAUUUACCUCCAUAUGGGAGCGUAGUGAAUGUGCUCUUAGGGCAGUUGCGUCCAAUCGGCUGUGCAGUCUUGCUCAACCUCGCGCCCUGCAGCUCGGCUGGCAGCCGACCGCCCACUAUUGGCGGCCUGAUGAUAACACGUACUCUGUUUCCUGUCGGAACUGUCUGUGAAUGUCUGUUGAACAGAGCGACGCAGACGGCAGUCGCCACUUCACGAAUUUGCCAGCUCGCCCAACCAAAAAGAAAGCAGGUUCUGGAGGGCUCUGGCAACAGAUCUAAACCUGUACCGUUGACCCACAUGCCCUGCAAAGCAUCUGCACACAUAGAGCUACUUGCUACCCCUAAACAAGACCACCCCAAGUUUGAAGGAGAGCGCUCAGUGUGCUGGCUCGUCUCCAGAUCAGCGAGAAACUACGUAGCCAACCAGAGACUUCUUGAGCUGUCCAGUCCCAAAGAGAGGAAGGCUCUGUUCGAGGGGUACGACCCGUACAUAGUUAGCAGGGCGGCCCGCUCUGCUAGCCCCUCGCCUCGGAUUCAACAGCUCUGCCUGCCCCUGCCUCGCAAAUGCAGCUCAAACUAGUAGAAGUCUAGUCCCUGGAGAUGUGUUGAUUGUUCUCCUUUUCCUCAUUGUGAUACAGUUGUUUUCAGGAAAAAUCAGGACUUUUUUUUGCUUUGUUGUAUGAACAUACAGCAACAUCCAACCAGUGUAUGAUCUAUUCAUACUUCUUCUGCUCCAAUCCACUAAAGAGCAAGCCUUCAGUUCCUCUGUGUACUUUCCAACAGCCUGUCAGGAUACGCGGAUGUUGAUGGUGGCAUAAUUCAAAAUCUGUUGAAUGCCACCAUGAAUGCUUUACACACCUGUGUGUUUGUGUUAUUCAUUUUCAAUAGUUGUGCUCAUGUGUGCCUUUAGAACCAGACAACCUGCGUGAUUGCAGGAAAGUCACAAUGAAACAACACAAACGAUCAGGGCGAUAUUGUUAUCUGAAACUGAAAUUGCUUUGAGACAUCCUGCAGCACACAUCCUGCAGCGCACAUCCUUCACUUCUUAAUUGUUUUCUUAGUUAUUGUUAACAUGAGACAGGCAGCCAGUGAGUCAACUCUGCAGUGAUGUGUUGUGUUAUGAAUUGAAGGCACUUCAUUUCAAAAGGCUGAACCGUAUCUGUUCAUGGUCUUUCACAGAUUUUGUCUGUGUAAAUAAUAAUCAUCUUUA